AGCCGCGGCGUUUUGCCUUCAGGACCUGAUGCUCAUCCAUAUUAAACCGUCUGAGCUCAGGAAUCCGGCCAGAUCAUCCCCCCCCUCCUGCUGCAAAGUUUAUUUUUAACCAGCCACCGCCACAAUUUGGAUGGGGCUGCGAGGAAGCAACAUCUUCUAGCCCGGCUCGCCCCCGUCUCCCGAGCUUGCCUUUUAACUUUUCCUUCAGGCUUAUUUUCCUGCCGGCGGUGGCGGCGGGUCCCGCGGCGGCCCCUGCCCGCUGUUCCCGGCUGGGAGGGCCGCGCCGGAGCUGGAAAGUUGGGAUGAAGGCGCCCCUUCUCCGCAGCGUUCCUGAAAUAAACUUCCUGCAAUUCUUUGCAGUGUGCAGGUGUCCAGACUCCCCUUUACUCAUGGUCGCCUGUGAAACCCGUCAGGCAACUGAAGGCUGUACCUAAAAUUCUGCUGGCAGUGCAGCACACUGCAGGGGCCUUGAUAUAGUUACGGUGGACACCUUGUGCAGCAGCCACAGCUGUAGCAUCCCCUCGUAGUCCGAACAACUGAGUAUUGCUGUCCAGGAGUCUGCACGUGUGGAGGACUGCCUGGAGUAGAAAAAGGAAAGCUGCAGAGAUUGUAAGCUGCUGCUUGAUCCGUGUGGCUGUUGUGCCGAGGAACAUCAAAACUUUGCUGGAUGGAUCCGACAGCUCGUUGCAAAGUAGAGGUGCUAGAGGGUGCUGCUGAAGAAGAGGCUGAAGAGCCAGACGCAACUGUACAUACUACACUAAGUGAGGAGACCAGCAACCCUGAAGAGAGCCACAGUCAAUCAGGGGAGAAAGAUGAAGAGAAGCAGCUGGAAAGCUUAAACAGCUAUAAGGUAUCACCAAGUUCCCCAAACAGUUUGGACGGAGCAGACUUGUCCUCCAUUGACGCCAUGAUGUCAGCAGUGAUGAAUGUGGGGAAGAUUGCUGAAAACGGUGGGAAUUCUCAAAAUGUCAAAUCCCCCUCAAAGUCUCCUGCACCAAAUCGGAUUGGCAGGAGGAACCAGGAAACAAAAGAAGAGAAGUCUUCCUAUACCUGUCCUCUGUGUGAAAAGAUUUGCACUACACAGCACCAGCUAACUAUGCACAUUCGUCAGCAUAACACUGACACUGGAGGGACAGACCAUUCCUGCAGCAUCUGUGGAAAGUCUCUGAGCUCAGCGAGCUCCCUUGAUCGCCACAUGCUGGUGCACUCAGGUGAAAGGCCUUAUAAAUGUUCAGUAUGUGGACAGUCCUUCACCACCAAUGGAAACAUGCACAGGCACAUGAAGAUUCAUGAGAAGGAUCCAAACAGCACAGCAAGCACCACUCCCCCCUCACCGCUGAAGCGCAGGCGAUUGUCUUCGAAACGGAAGUUCAGUCACGAUGCUGAGCUGGACAGAGAGGAGAGGACACCUGCAAAAAAGGUUCUUGAGGAUGGCCAUUCCGGUGAAGGGGAUAAGAGGGCUGACGAUGAAGUUUAUCAUUGUCCAGUGUGUUUCAAAGACUUUUUUUGCAAGUAUGGGCUGGAGUCCCACAUGGAAACACAUCCAGAUAAUUCAUUGAGGUGUGACAUCUGUUGUAUCACCUUUCGUACUCAUCGGGGCCUACUGCGCCACAAUGCAGUUAUCCACAAGCAGCUUCCCAGAGAUCCCAUGGGAAAGCCUUUCAUUCAGAACAACCCUUCAAUUCCAGCAGGCUUCCACGACUUGGGAUUCACGGACUUCUCCUGUAGGAAGUUCCCCCGCAUUUCUCAGGUCUGGUGUGAAACAAAUUUGCGAAGGUGCAUCAGUGACUUCCAUCGAUUCAUUUGCGAGAUGUGUAACAAGGCAUUCCCCAUGCUUUCGGCACUCAAACUGCACACAGAAACUCACGUGGUGGAUCAGGGAAAAGACAAGCACAAGCCACAGUCCACAACCCCACCCGGUGAGAGCCCAGACCAGAAAGUCUUCAUGGCAUCCUUGGGCCUACAGUACACCAAAGACAUCAAGCCUGUCAAGCAGGAGGACAAUACACAAGACGAGGUCCAAGAAAUGCGGCUCAGAGCUCUGAAGAGUAACCUACCUCAGGAACCUGGCAGCACCAGUCUGCUCAGCCUCUCUCCUCUGGAAGCUGCCUCCAUGGGAGGGUCAUUUUCAGUCCUUCCCCCUACAAAAGAAAACAUAAAGCUUCUCUCGCUGCAGCCUUUCCAGAAGGGUUUUAUUAUCCAGCCUGACAGCAGUAUUGUGGUGAAACCCAUCUCCAAUGAGUCUGCCAUUGAGCUGGCAGAUAUUCAGCAGAUCUUGAAGAUGGCUUCUUCUGCUCCUCCUCAAAUCAGUCUUCCUCCACUUUCUAAGGCACCUUCUGUCCCCGUGCAGUCUAUUUUCAAGCAUAUGCCACCACUGAAGCCAAAGCCUUUGGUAACGCCCCGAACAGUUGUCGCAACCUCUACACCUCCUCCUCUUAUCAGUGCCCAGCAAGCCUCCCCUGGCUGCAUCAGCCCAAGCCUCCCACCUCCCCCUCUGAGGCUGAUCAAGAACUCAGUGGAAUCUGCCUCUAAUUCUCAUCUACCCCAGCCAGGAGCCAAAUCAAGUCCUUCCUCACAGUUGCUCCUCCAACCCAAAGUAGAGCCGUUAACUCAGCACGAAAUGAAGACACAGCUGGAGCAGGACAGCAUCAUUGAAGCUCUCCUGCCUCUAAGUAUGGAAGCCAAGAUCAAACAAGAAGUCACAGAAGGAGAACUCAAAGCCAUCAUUGCAGGGGCAGCGAACAAGAAGACCCCAACCAUGAGGAAAGUUUUGUACCCCUGCCGUUUCUGUGACCAGGUGUUUGCCUUCUCUGGUGUCCUGAGAGCUCACAUCCGUUCUCACUUAGGUAUUUCCCCAUAUCAGUGCAACAUCUGUGACUACAUCGCGGCUGACAAGGCAGCGCUGAUCCGGCACCUGCGGACGCACAGCGGGGAGCGGCCUUACAUCUGUAAAAUCUGCCACUACCCCUUCACAGUGAAAGCCAAUUGUGAGAGGCACCUGCGAAAGAAGCACCUCAAAACAACCAGGAAAGAUAUCGAGAAGAACAUUGAAUAUGUCACCAGCAAUGCUGCAGAGAUGGUGGAUGCCUUCUGCUCACCAGACACGGUGUGCAAGCUGUGUGGAGAGGACCUGAAGCACUACCGGGCCCUCCGCAUUCACAUGAGGACGCACAGCGGCUGCCAGAAGAAGAAGCCGUUCGAGUGCAAGGAGUGUGGCACGGCCUUUUCGGCCAAGAGGAAUUGCAUUCACCACAUCCUCAAGCAGCACUUGCAUGUGCAGGAAAAGGAGAUCGAGAAUUACAUCUUAAUGGUGGACUGCAGUGCCCAGGAAAGCCAGACAGACCCUUCUUUAUUGGAGGACAGCACUUAUAUGGACCACAAGCCCAUGACGCCUUUCCUGGAGCCACAGAACGGCUUCUUGCUGGGAACAUCAUCUCACGUUUCCAUCAAACGUGAACCUGUGGGCAACUUCCCCAUGGAUUUUGAUGAGCCAUUGGAUUUCUCUCAGAAGAGCAAAAGCCUGAGUGCUGUGCAGGUGAAGCAGGAGAACCUGUUUGGUUCAUCUCUGUCCCUUUAUGACUGUUCCAUGGAGCCUAUUGACCUGUCCAUCCCCAAAAUCCUGAAGAAGGAUAAAGAUGAUGUCCCCUGUGAAGCCAGGAAUCAAGAGCUGGCUGCUUCUGGGAACAGUGAUAAAGCCUAUAACUGUCUCCAGUGUCCUUUGGUUUUUGGUGCCAAUGGGAACUCAGAAACAAACCGGGGUGUCAGACAUCCCCAGCCACUGAAAGGUUCGUUGCAUUUGACUGUCCCGAUCAUUUCCCCAGCUCCCCCUGGCAAUGCUGCCUUGCUGAGACCCCUGAGGCCUAAACCACCACCACCUCUCUUGCCAAAGCCUUCAGUAACUAAAGAGCUGCCACCAUUGGCUUCCAUUGCACAGAUCAUUUCAUCUGUGUCUUCUGCUCCCACUUUGCUGAAAACGGAGGCUGCAGACGCCAGUCCCAAGGCAGUGAGCAGCUCCGCUGGGUGUGACAAAUCAGGGAAUGCCAAAGCUAAAGUGACAAUCGUGAGCACCAUUCAGAAAGACUCCAGCCUGCCCAGUGACCUGUCUCAGGCUUGUGAUCCAGAGCAGUCUCCUGUUGCUGAUGCUGGGUUGACUAAGAAAAGAGGUAGAAAGAAAGGAACAAAAAAUAAGCCCAAACUUCUCAGUAGUGUGGAUCUGGAGUCAAGUGGGGAAUUUGCUAGCAUAGAGAAGAUGCUGGCUACCACAGACACUAACAAAUUUAGCCCAUUUCUGCAGUCCACUGACAAUUUCAAGGAAGAAAGUGGCAGAAAUGGAACAAGUGAGGAUGAGAAGGAAACUGCCAAGGAUAAGCUGCUGAGAGGGAAGAGGAACACUUACUCAGACUGCCUGCAAAAUAUCCCCUGUCCUUACUGUCCUCAAGUCUUUCCAUGGGCGAGUGCCCUGCAGCGGCACAUGCUCAGUCACACAGAGAGCCAGGCGGAUGCAGAGGCACUAGCUACAGGAAACAAAGCCUUGAACCUGAGCUGUGGGGAGAAGGAGCAGUCAGAGGAAAUGACAGAGCUGCCAGAGAGUGAGCACGGCCCCAAGGAGGAGCAGAAGGCCGAUUCCCUUCUGGCAGAAGAGGAUGCUGAAGAAAAAGUGGAUGGAUAUGAAGAGGGCCCUGAGGAAGAUUCUGUAAGUAACAAAAGUCUUGACCUCAAUUUUGCCAGCAAAUUAAUGGACUUCAAGCUGGCAGAGAGUGACCAGAGUGCAGGCAGCAGUUCUCAGACUGAAAGGAAACAUGCCUGUGACAUUUGUGGCAAAACCUUCAAGUUUGCUGGCACUCUUAGCCGUCACAAAAAGGCCCACAUUCGUGAGGACAGAAAGGAUGAAAGGAGCAGUGAGGAUGAAAGCAAAAGCAUUCAGGAUGAUGCAGGAGCUCCCUCGAUGCAUGACUCUGGUCUUGAGCAGGAAGAGUCUCCGUUGGACUUGAAGGUAGUGGAGUCUCCUGUGGACUUUGAGGCAACAGGAAAGGAGAAUGAAGAGAGCGAAAGCAUCUCUGAGGGGGAAGGCACAGAGAGAAAGUCCACUGAGAAGAGCAGUGAUGACAAACCAAAGACUGAUGGGGCUAAGAGUACUGCAAAAGCAGACAAAAGAAAGAAAGUCUGUACUGUGUGCAACAAGCGUUUCUGGUCUCUGCAAGAUCUGACGCGACAUAUGCGGUCUCAUACAGGUGAGCGACCUUACAAGUGUCAAACCUGCGAACGGACCUUCACUCUGAAGCACAGCCUGGUCCGUCACCAGCGCAUCCACCAGAAAGUCAAAAAUGCCCGAAACCAUGGGAAGGAGAGCGACAAGGAGGAGACGCAGUCGCGGUGCGGAGAAGACAGCGAGAACGAGUCCAGCCACAGCGGCACCAACCCCAUCUCCGAAAGCGAGUGCGACUCCGCGGGGGGCGUCGGUAGCCACUCGUCCCUGGCGGGGAGCCGGAGCGAGCCCCUGGCCGGCACGGUCACGGACUCCCCCUGCGGAGAGGAGAGGAGCGGCGCCUGCCUCGCCGAGCCCGCCAAGAGCGUGCAGAAACACGCGGCAAAGGACCAGGAACCGCGGGGCAGCUCCGAGCACGAGAGGCCCUCGGGUUUCAUCCAAGACUUGCUGGAGAUGCACAACGCUCCGUCUCCCAUGAAUCACAUCCUGGCCUCUGCCGACAGCGCGCCUCAGCUCCUGGGGGUGGAAUGACUUGCUUGGAGGUUGGACCCGUCUCAGCAGGCAAACUGAAGCCAGCAGAGCAAGGUUUCUGGAGUCUGGUUUUGGAAGAGCGACCUUACAGCUAUGGGGAAGAGUAUGGCAGACUGGACGUGGUGCCAUAUGCCUUUCAGUAUAAUAAUGCAAGAGACUACAGUAUAUACUGAUUUGAGUGCCUUACUACUUUAUUAGAUCUUUUGGUAUUAUAGAUUUUUUUCAAAAAUGAUUUUAAUAUUUUAAAGAAUUAUUUGGAGAGGACCCUUUUUCAUUUAAGCAUUAAUGUUACCUUUUGUAUUGGUGUGCGUGAGCUUGUUCUUGUAUAUCUGUGAUAGUCGCUGUGUUUGUUCUCUGAGCUGGAAAUGGGGCAGUGGGGUGGGAGGCCCUUGGAUACCAUAGCCAAUAACUGGAAGAAAAAUGAUGUGAAUUUCAUAUGAAAUAGUCAGAGGAGAUGCCGAGGAGAUGUUGAUUUAUUGUUUUUUUUCUCAGUAGAUGUUCUUGCAUUUGCCACAUGGUGGAGCAUUAAGCCUGUUCCAGGCACGAACAACGUGGCAGUUGAAGGUGUUCAAAGUGGUUCAAGCCAAAAGCAGGAAACACAAAUUAAUUUCAA